AGUCAGCGGCAGCUGGGGAGGAGGUGGGGCUGCCGGAGGGUGCUUGCCAAGAGGUGGAGCAGGUGGAGAUGGGCACCAGCCCCAUGCCAGCUGCAGAGCAGUGUGCGCUGAUGUGCCUCAUCCACGCUGGGACUAUGCAAACGCCAAUAAAUACCUGGAGAUUGCUGGCAGAAGGAAUGGGCCGGAACCGGGUCACCUACGAAGAGGUCAGCACUGCAGUUACUCCUGUGGGAACAGAUUGUGUGUCAACCUGUGUGACCCCUGUCAGCUUGGCUGAGAAGGCCAUCAAUACUUCCACAUCAGAGGGAGCCUGUACUGAAAUGAUGGACAGUGCAGUGCUGACAGAUUCUCUACUCUGGAACUUUUCCCGAGAGGCUCUGAGAUCAGUUCCACGAGAGGACUUGGAACAUCGACUAGAGACUUCCCUGCUCAUCAAUGAGGUUCUGUCUGGCCAGCUGAAUGACCUAUCCAAGAGUAAAGGUCUGGGCCUCCGGGCUGGGCCAGCAGAUCAGAGGGAUACCUUCACCCAGACUGACACUUCCCAGACUCCUGAGGUAGAGGAUCAUUACCGCAGCUUGUAUCUGCAGCAUGCCAGCAGAGUGCGCGAUCUGGAGCUGGGUCUGGAGCAGUACUGGCAGCUCCACAGUACAAUCUGUAACAGCCGCAAACAGCAAAAUUUGCUGAUGGAAGAAGUUGAGGAAUGUUUGGCCAGUGCAGAUGGAGCUUAUGAGGAAAUGAAGAACGCGCGACUGAAAGUGCAGGAGCAGCUAAGAGAUGCCAGGAACCUUGCCCACCAGAGUACUGUCCAGCUCCAAGCGAUGACCCAAGUAACAGCAAAGGCCCUGGAACAGAAAGCAAUGCUGAAGAAAACAGCAGAUGAGGCUGAAUGGAAGAUGGUUAAUAUGCAACAGGAACUGGAACAAACUGUGUAUGAGCUCCACGGUGCACUGGACAAAAUUAAACGGCUGGACUGUGAGAAUCUGCAACUGAAAUCCGGGCUGGAAACCAUGACUGAUCAGCUAGCCAAGGUGGAGGAAGAACGGGACAAGCUGAUGAAGGACAACAGUAAAUACUUUGUGGAAUUGGCAACAACUGAGGCAUCGCUGAAACUUUCUGAGGCGGCACUAGUUGAGAGAAUGGAAAAGUUGCAGACCUGUGAAGCACGGAAUAAGGAGCUGUCAGAUACUCUAAGGGAGAAUGUAAAAAGUCUGGAAGAGACUGCAAAUAAACUAAAGCAGGAGAAAGAAGAUCUAGAGCUGGCUCAGGCUGAGGUCACCCGCUUAACUAAGGUCCUGGCACUUAAAGACGAGGAGCUACAAGAACUCUUCGACACCCGGGCCGAGGCUGCAUUGAUUGCAGACUAUAACAAGUUUAUGGAGCAGGAGCUGAAGGUGUCCCGUGAGCACUUGAUAGAGAUGGAGGGGCAGCUCAGUGAACAAGUCCACCUCCUGCAUGAACGCAACCUGCAAUGUGAGGAGCUGCGGACUCGGUGUGAUGAGUGCCAAAGAAAUCUUGAUAUGGUUAAGGAGGAUGCGCGAGAGAUGUUGCUGGAAAUGGGACAGCAGAUGAACCAGGCCACGAUAGAGAUCUCUGCCCUGAAGAAUCAAAUACAAGAUGUCAUCAAGUCAACUGGAGUCACUAUGAAGAACUGCCAGCAGAAUCGUCUGGUGGCCAUUGCCAAGACUAAGCAACUACCCCCUGCGACUGAAACACAGGAGGCAGCAAAGGAAAGUACCAAACCCAGUGAAGAACAUCAUGAAGGGACUCUGUGCAACAUCAGGAGUGACCAGAGUGCAUUUGCUCCCAUCAGGUCAACAAUGCUGAAUCCACCAGAAUGUAAUAAAGCAGCUCCCCUUGAUAUUGAAAGCUGUCAAGGUGCCUUCACAAGAGUUGAGCCCACAACUCCCAAGAAAACAGAGAAAGAAGAUACUCUGUUGCCGACUGUGGUUGAACUGCGAGAGUCCACCCAAAAGCUCCUUGAGGUAAUACAACUGCGGGUAAAGGACCUGCAGGAUGAGAUUUCUACAAUGAGGGAGCAACGGAGGGCCACAUUCAGCAAGAACUGGUCAGAAAUGAGCAGUCUACAGGGCAGAGUUUUAGCCUUGGAAACUGAGAACAGGAGGCUGAACAGAGAUCUUCAGUCACAUGUUAAGACUAACUCUGAGCUGAAGAAUGCUAUAAGUCUUCAGGAUGAAACAAUCCUUGAAUUCAAUAAGCAGAUGGAGACUAAUUUGAAGGAACACAGUGAGUUUUUGGCCAUGAAGGAAGAAGUUACCAGUUUAAAACGGCAACUCCAGCGUUCUGAGUGUGAGGCUGAAGCCUGCCGUGAGGAGUUGACCAAAUUACAAACCUCAGGAGGAGUACUCGACACAAACUGGCUUGAAGAGAAAGUAGAACUUCACUACCAAGUGAGAAAGCUACGAGAGGCUUACGUACAGAAGGAUAAUGAUAUGCAGGAACUGAAAGUGAAAAUGUAUAAUCACAAAGCGAUUCUUGAAGAAAAUUAUCAGAAAGCAGAGGCAGAGGUGGCUAAACUCGACGACCUGAUUGAGCACAUCAGAAUAGUUCUUCUGUCAGUGCCCAAUGUUGUUGCAAGCUCAGUAGAGCUGAGGAGUCUCCUGGUUGAUCUUGGAGAAGAUGUUGAAGAAUAGAAGUGGUGUCUCAGCUGUUUCACCCACUGGUCAUUUUGAGGGGAAAGGAAUGAGUUGCAGCUAGGAGUGAUGUACAGGGUAAAGUCUUCAGCCUAUGCAUAUGAUUGUUUCAGUGACAAUUAAUAGCCUGAAAUUUAAACAAUGGCCUUUCACUACAGCUUUCAGAUUUUUUUAAACAAAGGCAGUGACGGCCUUCUGAUGGGUACUGCUAAGUCAAGGUCAGAUCUUGAUGCUGAAGUGUCUGAAUAUUUGUAUGUAUUGAAAAUAGAGAUGAAGCUUUUUGUCUUGAACCCAUCAGGAUGAAUGAAACAAUACCAAAUUUUUAAUCAUCAUGGUUUAUACCAAGGAGAAGGAGGUUGCUGAUUGGUUGAGACCAUAGCUACAGAAACUAAAAUUCCCAUACUUCCAAGAAUUCAAAAAGGGAGCUUCCCUUAAAAAAAAUUAAUAAUCAACCGAACUCCUACUGUGCUUCAUUUAUCCUUGCUAGAAGUGCCAUAUAUUCAUUUGUUGGGACCAGUCCUCAGUAUACAAAUGUAAUAACUUCAAGCCUGUUGCCAUCUUUGAAACAUCUGAAACUAUGGGGAGCCCAGUUGCUUUGGCCAAGAAUCCAAGUUGACUGGCCAAUCCAUCAACCCAAGCCUUUUCUCCUGUGGUAUAAAUUGGUACUGUUUAAAGCUGGCAUUCUGUGUUUGUCUUGAUGAGCACAAGAGACACACUAUUUGGCAACAUGUCUCUGUUCAGCAAGAUUAAAGUUCUGUAUUUUAAAAGCAUAGGUGUUCAUUGUGUAACUCUGAUUCAAUUCAUGCUUUGAAGCACCAAAACCUGGGCAGACUGUAAAUGGUAAGCAUAGUAUUAUUUAUAAA